AUGGAGGACAUGCAUCAACAAACAACGAUCACCGGAGAAAUGCAGCUGCCGGAGGCUUUCGCGCAGAACUGCAUAAUCCGUGAUGAUAAGGUUAACAUCAGCGAGGACGCUCAGAAGAUCCAGGCCUGGAGAUCUGAGCCACUCGAGAAAGACCUUUGCGGGGCAAAGGCCUCGGUCAGGGCUCUGACCGAGUUGAUGGAUAAGAACAAGACCACGUUGGAUCAAACCCUGAAGAUCGGGCAGGAGGAAAAGGUUGGAAACAUCGGGACGGUUGUUACCGAAGAAGAGUUGGCUGAGGUGAUCCAGGCCUGGAGAACAAAGCCACUCAGGAAAGACCUUUGCAGGGCAAAGGCCUCGGUCAGGGCUCUGACCGAGAUGGAUAACAACGGGAUCAAGAUGGAUAACACCCUGAAUAUCGAGGAAAAGUUUGAAAACAUCAGGAUCAACUUGAUAAAUACGGCAGGUUCGGUUUAUCAAGAAGACCACCUGAUUGGAGAAAUGCAGCUGCCGGAGGCUUUCGCGCAGAACUGCAUAAUCCAUGAUCAGAAAGUUAACAUCAGCGAGGACGCUCAGAAGAUCCAGGCCUGGAGAUCUGAGACACUCGAGAAAGACCUUUGCGGGGCAAAGGCCUCGGUCACCGUUCUGACCGAGUUGAUGGAGAACAACAAGAUCACGUUUGAUAAAAUUCUGAACCUCGAGCGGUUAGAAAUAAAUCGGCUUACUGUUGAAAAUGAAAAAUUGAGAAAAACACCAGCCCUGAAGAACACCAGCGACCAGGAGACUCUCAACAUUUAUCAUCAGAAAACAGAAAAGCUGAAGAAAGACCUUUGGAAGUGGAAGCAGAGAGUUACGGCUGUGAAUGAUGAAAAGACUUCCCUUCAAAGUGAGCUCCACACAGCCCAGGUUAACAUCAAAGACCUGCUGGAGACCAACGCUUCUCUCAAGGAGACAGUGAACCGGAUGCCUCUCGAUCUAAAGGCACCGGACAACACCCAGGUGGUGUUGGAGGAGGAGAACACUGCCCUCAAAACACAGCUGAAAGAAGCCAAGGUCAAACACCGUAAAUAUGCAAGGACCAUUGCAUAUAUGACCGAGGAUUCUUCUGUUCAGCUCCGCGAGGUACAGGCUGCAGCCCAGGACCUGGAGAAGGAGAGGAACAACCUCCGCCAAGAUCUCCACGCGGCCCAGGUUAACAUCAAAGAACACCUGGAGACCAUUGCUUCUCUCAAGGAGACAGUGAACCGGAUGCCUCUCGGUCUAAAGGCAACGGACAACACCCAGGUGGUGUUGGAGGAGAAGAACACCUUCCUCAAAACUGAGCUCCACACAGCCAAGGAUAACAUCCAAGAUCAGCUGGAGACCAUUGCUUCUUUCAAUUCGGCUUUGACCCGGGUGCCUCUCGGUCGAAAGGCACCGGCCAACACCCAGGUGGUGUUGGAGGAGGAGAACACCUUCCUCAAAACUGAGUUGAAAGAAGCCAAGCUCCAGCACAGAAGAUAUGCCAAGAUCAUCACUGAUAUGACUCAGCAGUCUACUGAUUGGAUCCUGGAGGUACAGGAUGCGACAAAGGACCUGGAGAAUGAGAGGAUAACCCUCCGAAGAGAUCUCCACGCAGCCCAGGUUAACAUCAAAGACCUGCUGGCGACCAACGCUUCUCUCGAUGUGGCAGUUAACCGGGUGCCUCUCGAUCAAAAGGCACCGGACAACACCCAGGUGGUGUUGGAGGAGAAGAACACCUUCCUCAAAACUGAGCUCCACACAGCCCAGCUCAAGAUCAAAGACCUGCUGGAGACCAACACUUCUCUCAAUGUGGCAGUGAACUGGAUGGCUCUCGAUGUAAAGGCACCGGACAACACCCAGGUGGUGUUGGAGCAGAAUAACACCUUCCUCAAAAGUGAGCUCCACACGGCCCAGCUCAAGAUCAAAGACCAGCAGGAUGAAGCCAACGCACUGGCUGAAUCCCUUUGCAGGUGGAAGCAGAGAGUUACUGGUGUGACUCAAGAAAAGACUUCCCUCCAAACUGCGCUCCACACGGCCCAACACAAGAUCAAAGACCAGCUGGCGUUGGAGAAGCAGAAGACUUCCCUCCAAAGUGAGCUCCACACGGCCCAGCUCAAGAUCAAAGAGCAGCAGCAUGAAGCCAACUCACUGGCUGAAUCCCUUUGCAGUUGGAAGCAGAUAGUUACUGGUGUGACUCAAGAAAAUACUUCCCUGGAAAGAGAGCUCCACACAGCCCAACACCAGCUCAAAGCCCAGCUGGCAUUGGAGGAGCAGAACACUUCCCUCCAAAGUGAGCUCCACACGGCCCAACACCAGCUCAAAGCCCAGCUGGCGUUGGAGGAGCAGAACACUUCCCUCCAAAGUGAGCUCCACACGGCCCAACACCAGCUCAAAGCCCAGCUGGCGUUGGAGGAGCAGAACACUUCCCUCCAAAGUGAGCUCCACACGGCCCAGCUCAAGAUCAAAGAGCAGCUGGAGUCCUUAGCUGCUCUGAAUGAGAAGGUACAACAACAUCCGCUCAAUCAAGAGGCAGCCAAGGACCAGGAGACUCUCAAAAUCUACCAGCAGAAAACAGAGAAGCUCAAGAAAGACCUAUGGAAGUGGAAGCAGAGAGUUGCUUCCCUUCAAGGUGAGCUCCACACUGCCCAGGUUACCAUCAAAGACCUGAUGGAGACCAACGCUUCUCUCAAUGUGGCAGUGAACCGAGUGCCUCUCGAUCAAAAGGCACCGGACAACACCCAGCUGGUUUUGGAGCAGGAGAACAUCGCCCUCAAAACAGAGCUGAAAGAAGCCAAGGUCAAAUAUGCAAGGACCAUCGCAUAUAUGACCGAGGAUUCUUCUGUUCAGCUCCGUGAGGUACAGGCUGCGGCCCAGGACCUGGAGAAGGAGAGGAACAACCUCCGCCAAGAUCUCCACGGGGCCCAGGUCAACAACAAAGAGCUGCUGGAGACCAUAGCAGCUCUUAGUGAGAUGGUGAAACAACAUCCGCUCAACUUAGAGGCCGCAGAAAGCACCAAUCUGGUGUUGGAGGAGGAGAAGGACUCCCUCCAAGAAGAGCUGAAAAGAGCCGAGGUCCAAAACCAGAUAUAUGAAAGGACCAUCUCUGAUAUGACUGAAGAACAUCAUGUGUUGAUCCUUGAGACACAGGUAGCAACCCAGGACCUGGAGAGCGGCAGGAACUCCCUCCAAAAAGAUCUCCAGACAGCCGAGGCCAACAACAACGAGCAGCUGGAGGCCAUAGCAGCUCUGACUCAGACGAUGAAUCAGAAGCUACUGGAGCUAGAGGGAGCACGCCUGGACCUGGACCAGAAGACCGCUACCAUCGAGGAACAGAACAUCAUGUUUGAAGAUAUCAGACGAGAGAAGGAGGCUGAGGAAAACAACAAGCUCCCGUUGGAGCAGGAGGAUACCUCCCUUCUUCAGGCCACAGAGAUCCUCCAGCAGCCCGAGAUCUCCAACCGCCCGCGGGGGAAAAAAUGGUACCAAAAGAUGAACCCAUUCCACAAACAUCAACGAAAGACAAAAGGCUAG